AUGAUCAAUAUUGCCACAUUGGGAGUAGUACUGUUACUUUGUUGCCUCAUAGGGCAGAUCUAUGGCCACGGUAUGAUGUUGAGUCCAGUGGGUCGAUCCUCACGUUGGCGUUACGAUUCAUCAGCUCCCACAAACUACGAUGACAAUGGUCUAUACUGCGGUGGCUUUUGGAAACAAACUCAGAACAAUGGCAAGUGCGGCAUGUGCGGAGAUGAUUACAGCAUGAGUAUGCCACGACCCAAUGAGCUCGGGGGCAAAUAUGGCAGCGGUGUGAUAGUCAAGAGUUAUGUUGGCGUCAGCUCGGCUGACAUUAAUGUACUCAUAACGGCCAAUCAUAUGGGCCACUUUAGUUUCAAACUGUGCAACCUGGAUGAGUUUGGCAGUGAGUCGGAUGAAUGCUUUGACAAGUAUCCACUGGCGUUUGCCGAUGGUAGCCUUAAGCUCUACAUUAGCUCCCGGACUGGCAGCUACGAUAUGGUUGUGCAAUUCCCCCAAGGAGUCAGUUGCAAGCAUUGCGUACUCCGUUGGACGUACACGGCGGGUAAUAAUUGGGGCAUCUGUGAGGAUGGCAGCGGUGCAAUGGGCUGCGGUGCCCAGGAGAACUUUGUAAACUGUGCUGAUAUCAGCAUUGCGGGCUCAGCUCGGGCAUUAAUUGAGCAGGCGGUGGAGGAGGCUGCUCCUGAAAUAGAGGACUGA